GACAGUGAUAACGGUGGAAUUUGGAGUACAUUUAUUCUUAAUAUUGGCUCACCCCCUCAGCCUUCUCGUGUCAUAAUCAGUACAUCAAGCAGCGAAACCUGGGUCGUUGGUCCACAAGGUUGCCCGCAGAAAUAUGGCAGUAAUUGCGACGACAAUCGGGGGCUUUUGUUCCACCUGGAAAAUUCGACAAGUUGGACGGCAAACAAUAACUUUAGUUUGUUCUUGGAGGAAAAAUUGGGGCUUGAAGGUAUGAGUCUGCAUGUUUCCCCUAAACAAAAGCAUUUUUACACUAUCUCGCUUGCAAUUCAUUGACGCCCAUUACUGAUCUUGAAACAAUUAAGGGAAUGGUCAGUUUGGGUUUGAUACAGUUAGCCUUGGGUACACUGGGGGUGAUGUUGUAUCCUUAGAACAGCAAUCCGUUGUAGCAAUUGCAUCUCCUGAUUACUGGUUUGGCUUAUUUGGUCUUGAUCCAGAGCCAAGUAACUUUACCAGUAUGAAUGACCCGAAACCAAGUUUCCUCGGCAACUUAGCUUCAAGGUAAGUUUUCAUCUUAUUGUGUUGGUUGAGAGGAUUCAUUGCUAACAUAGGAUAAUAGGACUCUGAUACCAAGUCUUUCAUGGGGAUACACUGCUGGUGCAAACUACAGUAAGUCAAAUACUUACCAGAAUACAUCAAGAACUAACAAUCAAAGGGCUGCAUAAGCCACAAGGAAGUUUGACUCUGGGUGGAUAUGACAACAGCAGGUUUACUUCCUCGAAUCUGACACUCAAAAUGUAUGAUGAUGUCUCUCGACGGUUCAUAGUAGAUCUGGUAUCUAUUACGAGAACUACUACCACAAGCAGUACUUCUUUACUUUCACAGCCUAUCUCGUUAAAUAUAGACUCCACGGUUCCCCACCUUUAUCUACCACGGGAGAUUUGCGAACGAUUUGAAGAGGCAUUCGGUUUGGUAUGGGCGCCUGACAGCAAUACAUACACCGUCAACGCAACAGCACAAACUCCGUUACCAAAUUCCAAUUCAAAUAUCACUUUUACGCUUGUUGGCCCCCAGCAGAACACUCUGAACAUAAUUAUUCCGUAUUCAGCUUUCAAUGCUACAGUGCAAGCAGAUACUACGUUCGGCUCUCCCAAGUUUCCACUCAAGAGAGCAAUGAAUGAUACACAAUAUACCCUCGGUCGUACAUUCCUGCAAGAAGCGUACGUUUCCCUGACGAUCUCUUUCCGCCCUACUAAUAGACCAAACUACAGUUAUUUGAUAGCGGACUAUCAGCGCUCAACAUUCACAAUAUCGCCAUGUACGUGGCCUUCCAAUCUAGAACCAGACAUUAGAUCUAUCAUACCACCACUACUGCGAUCAAAUGCAAAUUCCACGCAGCCUAUCCCAAUUCCAGCUUCCAAAAGCUCCAGACUUAGUCUGCUAUUGCCUGCCAUUGUGACUCUGAUCACAUUAUCAAUUCUGCUCAUAAUAAUUUAUGUUUACAUCCGAAAACGAAAGAAGUCCAAGCAGCCACAGACAUUGAAAAAAGACCCGAUGACAACACGAACCACCAACAGCAGCGAAUUCGACGACUUUCGAAAACCUGAGUUGGAUACUACUGGAACCGAAAUCAUGGAAAUAGGGGGUACCGAGUUUCGAGCCGAGAUCAAGGGGAAGGAAUUGCAGAUGGUGAUAAAUAACGAGAUUGAUAGUGAGGAGGUUCACGAGAUGCCAGCAGAUAAUGAACUACAAAGUGUAUCACGAAACGAACUUGACAGCGAAGGGGUUCAUGAACUACCACAUGGAAAGGGACUACAAAGUACAAGACGGAAUGAAAUUGAUGGUGAAGAGGUCUAUGAGAUAUCACCGGAGAAAGAUCCACAAAUGGUAACACAAAGCGAAAUCGAUGGCGACCAGACUUUUGAGAUACAGCACGGAGUAGGCUUUCAAGGCUUGUCAGAGAAUGAACUUGAUAAUCAAGCAGUUCAUGAAAUGUCAUUAGGGGCAGGACUUUGCGAAUUGGAACUUGAUAGCGAGGCAAUUCAUGAAGCGAGCGAUGGAAGGAGUAAUCAGAUUGUACGGAGUGAUCUUGAUAGCUCCGCUAUUCAUGAAAUGCCACACGAAAGGUCGUGA